AUGACGGCACCCACUCUGGUUCUCGUUGGUGGCGGAUGGCACGUUCCUGCCAGCUACUCGAAGCUCAGCAAUGCUCUCAAAGAAGCUGGUUACGACGUUCAUGUUCCACGUCAUCCAUCUACGGAUGAAGCUCGACCCCCGAUCAACGACCUAGCUACAGAUACAGAGGCACUCCGCAAAUAUGUUGGUGAUCUAGUUGAGGAGGGCCGUACUGUUGUCGUCGCCAUGCACUCAUACGGGGGACAAGUCGGAACAAAUGCGCUCUGGGAUAUGGACUUGAAGACCCGGGCGCGCCAGAAUUUGUCAGGAGGUAUCUCCCGUCUGAUUUAUAUGUGUGCCUUCGCUCUCCCAGAAGGUGGUUCGAUGAUACAGAAAGUGGAGGAGAUGGGCGAUGGGUAUCUUAUGCCGAUUGCAUUUGACUUCGCGGAUGAUGGAUCAGUUGUACCAAGAGAUCCCCAGACUAUUUUGAUCGGCCCUAGUGACGACGAGGAAGUUGACCCUUACCUAGCAACUCUUGUUCGUUGGAAUGGGAAGUGUAUGCAUGACAGUAUUACUCAUUGCGCCUGGAGACAUAUCCCAGUCACUUAUCUCUCGACAACUCAAGAUUUCACGAUUCCAGUUCAUUAUCAGGAGUCGAUGGUAGAUGUUAUACGGGGCCAAGGGGUGGAAGUACAGGCAAUUCAAAUUGAAUCUGGUCACUGUCCUAAUCUGACAAAGACGAAUGAAGUAGUCGAUGCCAUUAAUAACGCCAUUGGAUGGACACCGACCAAGUAA